UUCAGCAGAGUAACCAUCACAAUGUCUAAAUUCGGGGUUCUAGUCAUGGGUCCAGCAGGCGCUGGGAAAACUACAUUCUGCAACGCCCUCAUCCAACACUGCCAAACUACCCGCCGCAGCUGCUUCUAUGUCAACCUCGACCCCGCCGCCGAGAGCUUUCAGUACGACCCUGACCUCGAUAUCCGCGAGCUGGUUACCCUCGAAGAUGUGAUGGAAGAGCUGGGGCUCGGUCCGAACGGUGGAUUAAUCUAUUGCUUCGAAUUCCUUUUGCAGAACCAGGAUUUCCUCACUGAAGCACUCGAUCCGCUUAGCGAAGAAUACCUGAUUAUCUUCGACAUGCCUGGGCAAAUCGAGCUCUACACGCACGUACCGCUGCUUCCGUCGCUCGUCCAGUUUCUGUCUCGUGCUGGCCCGCUAAACAUCAAUCUCUGUGCUGCGUAUCUUCUUGAGAGUACAUUUGUCGUUGACAAGGCCAAGUUUUUCGCGGGCACUUUGAGUGCCAUGUCUGCCAUGCUAAUGCUGGAGAUGCCGCACGUGAACAUCCUCACAAAAAUGGACCAGCUGGACGUUCAGGACGAGGAUAGUGUUGCUGCCGUGCUAAGCCAUAUCGAUGACGCCAUUCAAUUCCAUGAGGCACAAGAGCCGAAAGAGCCUAACGAUGCGCAGGAUGUUGAUUACGAGGAUUGAAAUAAUAACAUGGGAGUUUGAGCCGAACUACAUUAUUGGCUCAAUCUGUAUAGACAUCGGCCAUCAGUCACUGCGCCGGAUUCGGCUUCGCUACCGUUAUCCGACACGCAUACAAGCUACGCUCCCGUCCGGGCACAUCUACAAACCAUGACAUCCUCUGCGCCUAGAGGAGAAAGGCGCGUCGGCGACCAUCACGCUGUCAACCUUAGCAGGUCUCGCUACGGACUGAUUGGAGCGGGCACAUUACACUCUUUUCCAACCUUAGAAAAUACUGCGUUUGGAAUCAUCAUCAAUACUUAUAAUAUUCUAUCAACGCAUACCUCAUCC